AUGUCCGGUCAGCAAAGCAAUCUCGUUGUGGGUGUCCCUAACCCAACCACCAAGACGACCCCCCAUACUCCUCCAGAGUCACCAACUGAGACUCAAAUCAAGGCCGUCGACGGUGUCGAAAAGCAGAAGCAGCAGCAGCAGGAACCCCAAGAGCAACAACAACAACUAAACGUCCAGAAGACUCGUGGUAACUCUACCCGCCACGACUCCCUCGCCAUCCCGCUUUCUCCUACUCCCGGCAACCACAACACCAUCGAGGUUCCGGCCACCAGAUCCCCCGAUGCUCACGCCGAGCUCUACAUGCACAACCUUUCGGCCGCCCCAUCCUUGAAGGAGAGGAGACUUUCCCGCAACUCUUUCGGCGCUUCUCUUCCCAUCCCCCGUUCCAAGCGCCAGUCUCGUCUUAGCAGCGUCACCUUCCCCGGCGUCGCUGAGGCCCUUCAGGAUGCCAGCGGUACCCUUCCUCUCAAGCCUACUCGCGAGUUCUUGGCCGACCGCGUUCAGGACAUCCACUCGGAGAAGGUUGAGAAGGUCAAGAACAUGAGCUUCGUCUUCGACAUCGAUGGUGUCCUCGUUCACGGUGAUCGUCUGAUCCCUGAGGGCAAGAAGGUCUUGGACAUGCUCAACGGCGAUAACGAGCUUGGCAUCAAGAUCCCCCACAUCUUCCUUACCAACGGCUCUGGUAAGCCCGAGCUUGCCCGCACCGAGCAGCUUUCCAAGAUCCUCCAGAACCCCAUCAGCACCGAUCAGUUCAUCCAGUCCCACACCCCCAUGCGCGCCUUGGCCGAGUACUACAACACUGUCCUCGUUGUCGGUGGUGAGGGCUACAAGUGCCGUGAGGUCGCUGAGGAGUACGGCUUCAAGGACAUUGUCGUGCCCAACGACAUUGUUGCCUGGGACCCUUCGAUUGCCCCCUACCGCGUUUUCACCGAGGAGGAGCGUGCCACUUCCCGCCCCCGCGACUUCACCAAGUGCAACAUCGAGGCCAUCAUGGUGUUCUCCGACUCCCGCGAUUACGCUACCGACAUGCAGAUCAUUGUCGAUCUUCUCCGAUCUGAGAAUGGCCGUCUCGGAACUGUUGCCAAGGACCCUGUUUCGCAGCGCAUCCCCAUCUACUUCUCCCAGGGUGAUUUGCUCUGCCCUACCGAACACCCUACUCCCCGCAUGAGCCAGGGCGCCUUCCGCAUCGGUCUCGAGGCCAUGUACAAGGCUCUCACUGGCGUCGACCUCGAGCGUGUUGUCUACGGCAAGCCCGAGAUGGCCACCUACAAGUAUGCCGACGAGGUCAUCGCUUCCUGGAUGGAGCAGAUCCACGGCGAGGAGAAGAUCCCUCAGAACAUCUAUAUGAUCGGUGACAACCCGGCUUCCGACAUUGUCGGCGGUAACCUCUACGGUUGGAACACGUGCCUUGUCCGCACCGGUGUGUUCCAGGGUGGCGAGAACGACGAGGAGAACCCGGCCAACUUUGGCGUCUUCACCAACGUCUGGGAGGCCGUCACCACCGCCUGCCGCAAGGAGCUCGGUGAUGACUUCAAGUUCAAGUGGGACGACCGUGUCAACCCUCUCAACAUGAACGCCUCUGCCAUCGAGUAA